GGAAGACAAAUCUUGUAACCCGGAAGUACUCAACAGAAAGACUCGACUGCAACUGGAGGCAAAACAUCAAUGGGAGUCACUUGUGUGUGCCAGGUGCCUGUGGCGGAGGGGAAGAGUGUCCAGCAGACAGUGGACAUCCUGCACAAGAAGCUGGAGCAGCUGGGUGCCGUGAAGCAGGGCAGCUUCUGUGUAGACUGUGAGACAUACCAUGCCACAGGAAAUGUCAGCGGUCAGCCCUCCAAGCUCUUAUAUGUGAUGCACAACUCUGAAACUCCCCUGAGCUGCCUGGCCCUUUUUGAAGGUGGACCCUGCCUCAUAGCUGAUGCUAACUUUGAUGUCCUCAUGGUGAAGCUAAAAAGCCACUUCCAGAACGCCAAAGGCCACAAGGUGGAGUGUCGAGGUUCAAGAUACCGCUACUGUGACUUCCUGAUAAAAGUCGGCACAGUGACAAUGAGCUCCAGUGCCAGAGGGAUAUCAGUGGAGGUGGAGUACUGUCCCUGUGUGGUCCCAGGGGACUGCUGGAAUCUCAUGAAAGAGUUCAUGCAGUCCUUUCUUGGCCCCAGCGUCCCUGAACUGCCGUCUGUGUUUGCUGCCAAGCCUGAAGGACUCUUUGCUCCGGCAGACAGCGUUGACACCAUGACUCAGUACCUGGAGUUGUUUAACAAGCUUCGUAAGCUGCAACUCCCUGGAAGUAACGUGCGUUGAACUGUCAGUGGGAAUGGAGAGAUUUAUUUUUUUUAUGUUUGUAUUGAUAUCGCUUUAAUUCUGGUCCUAUGGAUCAGCAUGGUAUCUGGGCAUUUUUGAAAGCCUGGGGUUUUAUUUCCACUUCUAGAGCCUCAACAUUGUAAUGCACCUCCCUGUUUGAUGAAAACACCUUGUAUUAAAGAGACCAAGUGGAGAACAGCAGCCACAAUCUCUGUGUUUCUAUUUCCUGUGAUAAUCUGUACAGAAUCACACUGUACACACAUGUACUUCAAAUGUCCUCUUGGUGGGGUUAUAACCUUUUCAAGAGAUGUUACACAAGGUCCUUUCUCAGCCGACAAUAAAAUUACAUGUAAUUGAU